AUGGCUACCACGCCCAACCACACCGAAGAAGAACAGCGCAAGCUAUACGACAGCCUUCCUGCCGAGCAACGCAAUAAGCAGUCCUUCACGGAGUGGGUCAAAGAAGCCUACAACGAGCAAUACGAGAAGUGGAUGCCUUGGCUGGAGGACCAAUAUCUUAAGUGGUUCGGCAAAGGUGAUAACAAGGCUUCCUACGUGACCAAGGAUAACCUUUCCAAGACCAAGGUCACCGGCGUUAAGCAAGCCGAUCAGAUCCAAGACGAUGUGAAUAAUCUCGUUGGAAACCAGUUGGGCGAAAAUGGUCUGCUGGCUCCUGUCGGUAACAUGGUCUCCAAGGAGGGGCUCAAUCGCGCUGAGCGUGGAGGAAAAGAUGAAAAUGGCUCUUAUGGAGGCCCCCUCGGAGGAGCAACCGAUCCUAUUGUCCACAACUCUAAAAAGGCAGGCCAGGGACUGGCUACUGGAAUACAGUCGGCUGGGUCCUCCGUUGCUAGCGGAGCCAGGAGUUGGGGGAGUACGAUCCCAGGAUUUGGCAGCAAGUGA